CGUUGACGCUGGCAGACCGGCUUCGCUUGUAAAUUGCCCUACGGAAAAUUACUCCUUAAAUCAUAGUUGUGUGUGUGUGUGUGUUGUCAGGUCGGACAAAUUAAGAUGACACGUUAUCAGUAACUGGCGGCGAAGUGCAGUGAACGUGAAAACCUUGAGUGUGCAAAUAAGUGCUCAGUGCAGAAGGAGUUGCCUGCAUCUCACUCUUUAAGGAACUAAAGUCAGCAAGUUUGUGUGAAAGUGCACGACGGUUGGUUAGUUGCCCCACUAAGUGUUAGUGAAUAGUAAAUGCGUAAACGAAUUUGAUUGUCGUCGCAAACAGCGAUUGUAGAACGAUUGUAUGGCAUUAAACGCCCUUCAAGUGCUUUAUUGAUAAAGUUUCCUUUGUGUAUUGUCCUUUAAUGUUGUGCAUAAAUUUGAUUAAUUUACACGAUUUAAAAGCAAAAAAUCGAUUAACUGUGUCAAAAUCAAAAUGUUUUGAUUUUUUAUUUAUGUUUGUUGAGAAAAGUGCCCGCCUCAAGCACUUCUGAAAAGUUGCCUUGUUUCUACCACAAUAUGGCCGUCGGCGAUGUUUGGCCACGAAUAAUUUACUGCGAGCGUGUACUGGGAGUGGUUAUGCGCACAUUAUAAACUGACAUAUGCUUGUGAAUUUGGUGAUAACAGCGGGCGCCACAUUUGAAUAAAAACACUACAGUUAUCGUUGUAGUUGCAGGAAUAAUUCAAUGAGUUUACAAAAAUGCAAAUACUGAAUAAUUCAUGCACGCCAAAGUUGAGAGAGCGAAUAAACAAAACCUUAACUCCACGACAACGAAUAUACUAGCGAUUGUCACUGUCGAGGCACAACUCCGCCUAGUAACUAAAUGCAUACAUAAGUACGUGUGCGCGUACGAAACACAUUUGGGUGUCAUCAUACGCCCAUGCGAAUGUUUGUUGCCAGCAACAUACAAAUAGUAAAUAAAAGUAUACGCAUCACCAGAAAAUGUCGAAGGACAUCAGAAGGAUGGCUUAACAGAUCAAAUCUUAAAUGAACUAAACCUUGGAUAGGUAAAUACUUUCGCGUGUCGCUUUCUAAUAAAAAUAUAAGAGCUUUAACGGGUUGCAGCGAAAUAACGUUACAGAUUGUAAAAUGCAAAAUGCCACCAACUCAGCAACAGGCAUUAUUGUUGCUAAAUAUUUCGAACGGCAUGUAUGCGGCUCCAAAGAACUAUGGCUUGAACAAAAAUACGGAAACUUCAUUAACGAAUGUUACGAACUCAAUAGAUCCACAUUUAAGCACCACUGUAACAACAACUACCACCUUCGUAAGUACCUCAGCAAUUAACAACAGCCAAUUGGGGACGGUCGAUGGGUGUAGCAGCACUGCAGUUACUGAGAAGUUCUACUGGAGCCACUUUGGAAUACAGCUGGCAGUGCCCGAAUGGGAAGCUAUCCUUACUACCAUAGUGCUUUCCGUUAUAAUAGUACUAACUGUAAUUGGGAAUAUACUAGUCAUUUUAAGUGUAUUCACCUACAAGCCGCUACGAAUAGUCCAAAACUUUUUUAUUGUUUCACUGGCCGUAGCCGAUCUAACGGUCGCAUUAAUCGUAUUACCAUUCAACGUAGCGUACUCGAUACUUGGACGUUGGGAAUUUGGUAUACACGUUUGUAAGAUGUGGCUAACUUGUGAUGUUUUGUGCUGUACGUCGUCAAUACUCAAUUUGUGCGCAAUCGCCCUCGAUCGCUACUGGGCCAUAACGGAUCCCAUUAAUUAUGCCCAAAAGCGUACAGUGGGUCGUGUUCUGCUAUUAAUAGCCGGUGUUUGGAUACUGUCAUUAGUAAUAAGUUCACCACCGCUAGUAGGAUGGAAUGAUUGGCCGGAUGAAUUUACAAGUGCCACACCUUGUGAAUUAAACUCUAAUCGAGGUUAUGUGAUAUACUCUUCAUUGGGAUCGUUUUUCAUUCCCUUAGCAAUAAUGACUAUCGUAUACAUCGAAAUCUAUAUUGCAACCAGACGACGACUGCGUGAACGCGCCAAAGCUUCGAAAAUAAAUACGAUUGUAAGGAAGAGUGGUGAUAAGGACACCUCAGCCGUAAAUAAUGCAAGUGUCAGACGAGAAAGCUAUGCUCUAGGCUCGUUUUGUUUGGCUAUAUUGAGUUGCGGCAAAUCCUCUGUGCAGUCAGCCUCUUCAGUUGCGAUACAAAAUGAUCAAGACUCGGUUAGCAGUGAGACGAAUGCCAAUAACGAAAUACAGGGUGCGGAUAAUAAGCAGGAAACAGAGCAACGUAUAGUUGUUGUGGCACAACGAACGAAAAAAACUCGACGUGCAAAAAUUAAGGAUUCUAUAAAACAGGGAAAAAUGCGAGUUAAAAAACAACAGCAACAGCCAAAAAACGGUGAUGAACCAAGCGACGAAAAAAAAAAUGCUUGUGUUGACAUAGCUGGCACAGACGAAUUACUCCUCAUGGUCGCCGAAAGUAAAGAAUUAGAAAAUUGCGAGAAUUCAGCAAGCUUACGGAAACUUGAUGCCGAGUGCACAGAACCAAUCGAUUCAAACAAUGACGAUAACACUUCGCUGAAAAUAACGCCGCCACAAUCUUCAACAGGCGCCACAUCCACUGCGGCUAUGCCGUUACAGAAGAAACCCGCAGGCGUAUAUCAAUUCAUUGAGGAAAAACAGAAGAUAUCACUGUCGAAGGAAAGACGAGCUGCACGCACAUUGGGCAUUAUUAUGGGUGUGUUUGUUAUUUGUUGGCUACCUUUUUUUCUGAUGUACGUCAUCCUGCCUUUCUGCGAUUACUGCUGCCCAACAAACAAGUUAAAGAAUUUCAUUACAUGGUUGGGCUACAUAAAUUCGGGCCUAAAUCCAGUUAUUUAUACAAUAUUCAAUUUGGACUAUAGGCGUGCGUUCAAAAGACUUCUCGGAUUUAAUUAAAGGGAUUCAUAGAUGUUAAUACUACUGAAUGUCGAUAUAGGUUUACUUACAUAUUUCAAUGUUAGUAAUAUAUGUGAAUGCACGAGUAUAUACAUACAUAUGGUAUUUCUAUGUAGUAUCAUAAUUUGUAUAACUUUGUAUAAUGAAACCAAUAACUUAUUUUAUAUAGUACAUACAAGUUAAUAUUAUAGUGUACCAACUGUUAUCCUAUUAAUUAUAAUUUAUGUACUCAUUGUUAAUAGAUUAUAUUAGAAAUUUGAAUAAAUAAUAGCAUAUACAAAUAUAGUACAUACAUACAAUGUAUAUAUGUGAAAAAAAGUCAGAGGAAGUUACAGUUUUAAAAACAUUUUCAUUAUCCAUGGCGCAGCAUAACUAGAAUGUAUCCUUUACUAACUAGAAUGUAUCCUUAAAUAAUAUUGUAAUAUUCCUGCUAGCAUUUGUUCUUUUAGACACAGUUCGCCUUAUUCUCUAAACAGUGGAAACUUAGUUUUAUAUAUAAAUAUCGAUUUCUGUAAAUUCAUACUUCAAAAUAUUUUGUAUUUCUACUGAAGGUCUUCAAACUAAAUACCAAUAACAAAAUCAUGUUAGUUUUUGUGAAAGAUAGACUGUAAUUUUCAAUCCACAAAUAUUCAUUUAAUGCCUAAUACUAACUAAUUUCUUAUAAGAGUUGGCCUGCAAACACAUUAACUACAUUAAAUUAUCUGAAAAUAGUAUGAUACUUUGUAUAUUAUAUAUAGAAAGUUACAUAAAUACAAAAGUUCUUUGCUUUAAAGCCUAUUUGAUGGAAGAAUAAAAUUAUUUAAUCAAAAUUUAAUCAAAAAUUAAUAGAAUAUUUAAAAUAUAAUGAGAUCAAGAAAGACCUGUUCUGACGUUACUUAUGAACGGUGUGUAAUUAUAGCAUUUAAUAAGGUAUUAAUUCUUAAGCCACAAUUCUCUUAACUUUAAAUAUUAGGAAUGAAAGUUGUUAAUCGAUAGAAAUCUUUGUUAAGUACUUUAGUUGUGAAUAAAAAAUGUGUGUGUAUAUAAUUUUUAUGAUAAACCUUU